ACUGGGUUAUGCUGUUUACCACAAGACACUGACAGAAGACAGUGGAGCUGUUUGUUCAGGUGAUCUGAUUUGUAAGAGUGUUCAGAACUGAUCGACAUGUUGGGGAAGAUGAAAUGCGCUCUGCUUGCUGUGCUGCUUGUGUGGUGCUGCUGCUGCGCUCUCAGUGCGGAUGCCCGACCUGCGCGUCUGCGAUCGCGCCCUUUGGACAACUCUGAUACCUGGAACAACAUCAUGGUUAUGGCUAAACACGCGCAAGCGCAGGACCGAGACCAUGAGACUCGUCUGAUCCCGGUGAUUUCGAGCGACAAAUUAAAAGAUGGGGAUGUUUGCUGCGUCACCAUCCAAAUCCUAGAUUACUACCUCAAGCACAUUUUGGACGGUCAGUCGCGUGAAGGUGGAGAGCGUCAGUACCCUCGCCUGCAUCUGGUCAAGCCUGAUUUGCACAGAGUGGCAAGGGACCUGCAACCACACUGUAACUCCACGCAAAUUGACCUGGAGCACUUGAACACUUUCACACAGAAUCUCAAAAGAGCCGGAGAGAUGUAUAAGAAUAAAACCAAAGCACAGAACAAGGCGAUCGGGGAGACUGACAUUCUGUUCCAUUACCUCUAUGAGUCAUGCAGAGCCACCAGUGCAUCCUAGACCUGUAAAAAGUCUCUGCAAUGUGAUCUCAAAAAAGGGGGAACUGAACAGUACCAUUUCUUGUUGCUGUUGAACCCAGGAUUAAAUCUGUUGUAUCUUUACUGUGUAUUUUGCGGCCAGAAAAGUGGAUUUACUCUAAAAGCUAAUUAUUGUCCAAUUAUGCACAUUAACGCUUUUUUUUUUUUUUAAUGUAAAGCUGCACAACAUCUGCCAGUGAAAGAUACAAAAGGUAAAGGUACAAAAGAUUAAUCCUUAAGGGUACCAACACAUUGAAAAAGAAAAAAAAAGUUUAGUAGUAUUUUUUUUCUAAAUGUGCCAUGGACUAAUGGAAAUACGCCUUUUGUUUCUUUUUACCAUGAAAAGUGUUUUAAAAUAUUUGACAUGAAAAUGAUUAUUUAUUAUGUUUUAUUUAUUAGCUUUAUUUAUUCAACAUUGUGUGAUGACUAUAAAUUAUUAAGGUUUGUAUUGACAGUAUAGGUUUCACACACCGUGUGAACAGGGUCCUUAUGACUUAAAGCCACACAAGUGGACACCAACAUAACACUUGGAUUGUACUUCCAAUGUCAGAGUAAGAGAAUGUAAAUGCAUUGUAAAAGCAUUCCUAUGUACUUUUUAUUUUUUGCCAUUAUUAUGUAUUUUAAAUUGAGUUCUAAAUUGUUGACAUAACUCUUAUCAACAUAUUUAUAUGCAUAUUCACAAUAAAAGCUUUAAAAACAAAAA